AUGACAUGCUCCGCGAGGGAGUGGCUCUUGGCGAAGGAAAGCGAACAGAGCCGACAGGCGAAUGGCAAAAGCUGGGAUGAGGAAACCGANGGUGAUGAUGAAUUCGAAGCUGACGAUGCUGCUGCUGAAGAAGAAGUUGAUGCUGAAGAUGAUGGCGGUGGCGAGGAGGAAGAAGAAGAAUCCUUGUCCCCAUUUUCCUCCUCCUUAGUGGUGGAAUGCCUGCACAUGACAUGCUCUGCUAGGGAGAACUUCUUGGCGAAGGAGAGCGAACAGAGCCGACAGGCGAAUGGCAAAAGCUGGGAUGAGGAAACCGAGGAUGAAGAUGAAGAUAAUGACGAAGAUGAUGGUGAGGGUGAUGGAGAUGAUGAAGAAGGUGAAGAUGAGGAUGAGGACGACAAAGACAACAACUGA